CGCAAUUGUAAAGCACUUUACGCAGAGACGCUGUCACAGAUACGCUUUACACUGAACUCAGAAAAUCUCUGGGGUUCUUUGGGCUGGCGGCGUGAUUCAUCCGGAUAGAACACAGAAUUCCAGCACGGUGACGUGCUCCGCGGACUGGCAUGACAUCCUGACAGUGCUGGUGCCAGGCAUGGACGGACAGGAGUGCUGCUUCGCCCGGCCAAGCAUGGAUCGGCCAAACCCCACUUGAGUGCAAGGGACUCUACACAGUCCGCCUGCAGAGAGCGCUAAUUGCAAACGUUCAUAAACAUAUAACAAUACGAAACCGUCCCUUGGUCUUCCCUUCUUAUGCUAUCACUAUCCAUACAUCCAUCCACCCAUGUCCUGUUCAUCUAACCAUCCAUUCCCUGUUAAUCCGAAGCAAUCACAAAUUUCCACCACAACAGCGCCUGACCUGGAUAAUCAGGUGACGGCAGCCUGUUUUAGCCAGCUGCGUUGAUGUUUUAUCCCGCCACAGCAAUGACGUGCCUCAGCUAGUGUAGGCUAUGUGGUGAUUUACUGUGUCAUUGUGACAAUAGGCCUACGAGUUUCUUUGAAUUUGGGAAACAGGAAAUGAAAUCCAAGAAGGUGUAGGCUACAGUUUAACUUUUAUGAAAGUCCUGCAAUAGCGUUACUGAAUUUGUAUUUUUUAUAUCUUGGUGGGGGGGUUCAAUGAAAAUACAAACGUUAUUAACAGCUGCUAAGCAUACCCGGGUCAUAACUGAAACUGCAUCCUUGGAAAAGAAACGUAUUUUACAGGUAUUCCAAAAAGCCGUAUUUCCAUUCUACAUCAAAAGUCACAAAUUUAAAUCUGAUGAUAGGCUACCGCGAUAAGGUCAUCUUGUUUGCGAGCCAGCUGCUCAGUGACAGGACAAACGCCAUGCAGAAACAUUUAUUUACUUCCUUACUUAGGCUACUUAUUUAUUCAUCCGUUUGCUAUCUUUUCAUUUUUACCUUACCGCGAAGACUUUGUGACGGAUGGACUGAAGCGCGGGUGGCCCUUUAAGAGAAGAAGAGGAGGGGGCUUAGAGCUGGGUUACGGCUCUGUUUUUGUGUCCCUGUCAGUGAGCAAGCGAGUAGCCAUCGAGUGAGUGGUCGGCAAUGACGGAGGCUCAGCGAAAGGCGAGUGCUGAGUCUAAUGACAAGACUGGGGAGCCCAAAGGAUGUACUGACUCUGCAGCCUAACUGGCCCCUGUUCUUCACUGGAGAGACCGUCAAUCUCACGUGUUUGGGACGGCCAUUUACACAUCAUGGAUUCUUUUGGUACAGAAAUGAAUUAAAUAGUCUUGUGUUAAAGCACGCAUCCCAGGAUAACAUCUACACCAUCGCACCUGUUACUGAAGCCCACAGUGGUGUAUACUUCUGUGAGGCUGAAUCCAUGAGUGAUCCUGUCAGACUGAACGUGUCAGCACUGCCUAAAGCCACUCUGACUGUAGAGCCAAAAUGGCGCCCACUGUACAAUGGAGAGACCGUCACCCUGAGGUGUGUGGUGGACUCCUACAGCAACUGGACAUAUUUCUGGUACAAAGACCAGGCCCAGAUGGCUGUGUCUCAGACUGCUGGUCACAGUGUAACUGGUAACAGACUCACCAUCCCUGGUGCUGUUGGGUCUGACCAGGGGCAGUACUGGUGUGAGGGGAGGCUGGAGGGGAGAAAAGUGACAUCACAGCGCAGCGACUCCAUCAAUCUGACUGUUGCAGCCCUGCCUAAGGCCACUCUGAUCGUGAAGUCAAAAUGGCGCCUACUGUACAAUGGAGAGACCGUCACCCUGAGGUGUGAGGUGGACUCCUACAGCAACUGGACACAUUUCUGGUACAGAGACCAUAACCAGACAGCCACAUCUCUCACUAAAGAGUACAGUGUAAACAUCACUGGGGCAGCUGGGUCUCACCAGGGGCAGUACUGGUGUGAGGGAAGGCUGGAGGGGAGAAAUGUGACAUCACAGCACAGCGACUUCAUCACUCUGACUGUUUCAGGUGAGUCUCAGGUAGGCUUUCAAAUUGUAUCUAAAACUUUAUUCUUAAAAUAUUUACAUUGCAUUACAUUCACUUACCAUACACAGGAGCAACAAACAGUAUAACAAUUUAUACUAUGG